GGGGCAUUCGCCGCUGAGUUCUCCUCAAAUCAACUAUUACAUAACUACAUUUCCCAGAAUGCUGCUGUCGAUACCAGAAACAGCACACCCCUUUGCUUGACUUUUAAAACAUGACUGAUAGCACGUAGGCAGAACUUCAGAUAAUGUUUAGAGCGUUUAUUACACAUUAACCGGGACAGGCCGCGACGCACUUUUAAAUAUUUUCUUCAAAUGGCAACAAUCGUUUAUUUUUCGGCGCAGACAACAACGAGACUAUGUUUAAAAUCCCAUUUAAAGGGUCUCGCUCGUUCGUGUGAGUCGUCGUUCUUAUCAGCAAACCGCGGUCCACCUCCGUCUUUGCUCCCGGGACUGACAUGGCUUUCCCGGGGCGCCGGCGUGAGGUUCAUGUCCCACGGGACCGCGGGCAGGCUCUCGUCCGGCCGAACCAGAAGAGGAGCCCUAGCGCUCAGUGGAGCCGCAGCUCUCACCGCAGCUGCAGCGGUGGCGGGAUUCUUGGCCAACGGGAACCACUUCCAGCGCGCGGAGAUGGCAACCCGGGUUUCCAGGGCGGAGGAGAAGAAGGAGCAGGAGGCUGAGAUCACCGAGAGAUGUCGGGGGUUCAUGUCUCCCCCGAUGACGGACAUCAGCGUGCUCCAGAGUCGGAAGGAGGAGAUGCGGACCAAGAUGGAGCUGCUGAUCAUGGAGACGCAGGCGGAGUUUUGUAAAGCCUUGGAGGAGGUGGACGGUGGGACGUUUAAAGUGGACCGAUGGGAGAGGAAGGAAGGCGGUGGAGGAAUCAGCUGUGUGAUGCAGGAUGGGAAGGUGUUUGAGAAGGCCGGGGUCAACGUGUCAGUGGUGUUUGGGUACCUGACAGAGGAGGCGGCCAAACAGAUGAGGAGCAGAGGAAAAGUCCUCAAAGGGAAAGAUGGUAAAUUACCGUUUAGUGCCAUGGGAGUGAGCUCCGUGAUUCACCCCAAGAACCCCCACAUCCCCACAGUGCACUUCAACUACAGAUACUUUGAGAUUGAAGAGGAGGACGGCAGUAAGCAGUGGUGGUUCGGCGGGGGGACGGAUCUGACGCCGGUUUACGUAGAUAAAGAAGAUGCCUUCCACUUCCACAACACCCUAAAGGAAGCCUGCGACAAGCACCACCCGCGGUACUAUCCGGACUUCAAGAAAUGGUGCGACCGAUACUUUUUCGUACGCCACAGAGGAGAGACUCGUGGUAUAGGAGGGAUCUUCUUCGAUGACUUGGACUCCCCAGGUCAGGAGGAGGCAUUUAACUUUGUCAAGAGCUGCGCCCGCACCGUGGUGCCCUGCUACCUCCCCAUCGUCCGUAAACAUCUCAACGACUCCUUCACCGAUGAGGAGAAGGACUGGCAGCAGGUUCGGCGAGGAAGGUACGUGGAGUUCAACCUGGUGUACGACAGGGGGGUGAAGUUCGGCCUGGCCACCCCCGGCUCCAGAAUCGAGAGCAUCCUCAUGUCCCUCCCCCUCACUGCCAGGUGGGAGUACAUGCACGAGCCUGCCAAAGGGACCAGGGAAGCAGAAAUGCUGGAGGUGUUGCGAAACCCCAAAGAGUGGGUGUGACUAGAGUUCACCUGUCAGGAUGACAUUUCCAGGAAAUCUUUCUUUGUUUCUUUUUAAGCUGUGACAUGUCUGAUCUUAAUAGGAGACUGCAUUUAUAACAGUUGCACACUAUCAGUUUUUGUAAUACAGGUUUUACUUCUUCUCCAACGUUUUGGUUUGUUUUUUUUAAGUGUGCUGAAACCUUAACUCACUUUGAACUAAAGGAGCCUUUGUGCCAUCACUGACUGGUCAGUUAGGCAGCUUUGUUGAAUCCUUCCUUCCUGCUUUUUUUCUCCUUUUAUACACCUGAAAUGAAUAUCGUUCGUUUUACUUGAACCCGAGUACAAUUUCUGUCUUCCUCACUUCACCAAUGAAGCACAGAAAAAGGGAAACACAGUUUUUGUGAGUCUCUACUGUUUGCAAAUGUCAAAAAAAGACUCCUGUGUGCAUUGAAAACAAGGAAUUAUUGCUGACAAAUACAAAGUAAUUGAGUCUUGA